CAGGUUUUCCGAACUCGGGGACAUGGCCCUAAACUUUGCAUCACCACAACAGUUUAGCAGCAGCAACUUCCUCCUCACAACUAUCUGUCAACACUCUCCCCCACCUCUGCCAGAGUCAGAUUUGCACACCCGCCGUUGCGCGUUGCUCUUUUCCUUGCCCAUCAAUCCGGCCCGUGCCGCAAUUUCUCACUUGUACUGUUUCGUUUUCGUGAGAAGUGAUCGAGGUGGGAGUGUAGGUGCCAACAGAAAGGUACCCAGAGACUGCGCUAGCUUGUGAGGAAGAUAUUUCAACACCGAUGGCAGUCGGAGUGUUGGCCCUGCAGGGCUCCUUCAAGGAGCACAUCGUCUGUUUGCGGAAGCUGGGGGUGGACGCCGUGGAAGUACGCAAGCUGGAGCAAUUGGUGGGGUUGUCCGGUUUGAUUAUUCCUGGUGGCGAGAGCACCACCAUGGCCAAGCUGGCGGAGAAGAACAACCUUUUUCCUGCUCUUCGAGAAUUUAGCACCGCAGGGAAACCAAUUUGGGGCACAUGUGCCGGGCUUAUCUUCUUGGCUGACAGAGCUUCGGCAGGAGUAAAAGAAGGAGGUCAAAAGCUCUUGGGGGGACUUGAUUGCACUGUUCACCGCAACUUUUUCGGUAGCCAGUUAAAUAGCUUCGAAAUGGAGCUAUCAGUUCCAACUCUAGCCUCACGAGAGGGAGGUGCCGAGACUUGUCGUGCUGUGUUCAUUCGAGCUCCUGCAAUUGUCGAUGUGGGUUCUUCUGUGGAAGUGCUAGCUGAAUAUCCCCUGGCACCUGGUCAGGCCCCACAACAGGAAGUAGGCAAGGAUAAGGUUAUUGUGGCGGUCAAGCAGAACAACAUGCUAGCAACUGCAUUUCAUCCUGAGUUGACCUCAGAUUUACGGUGGCACAAACUGUUUCUGAACAUGAUCAACGAUGGAGGGGAGGGAGCUCAAGUUCCAGGUGCAGAGAGAAUAGUGGCAAAGAAGACUAAUGUGCCACCAGCUUUAGACCAGAUCAGGGACAUGCCUGUCUUCAGAGAAGCAAGUUUCCUUAGCCUUGAAUUACAAUAGCAUCGUAACAAUUGUGUGGGAUAUGCUUUCCGCACCAUUUGAUUCCCAUUUUUUUCUGCUUUUCUUCCUUUUAGAAGACCUUCACAGAUGCUUAUAUGUUUCAAUUAUUUACAUUUUUAGUACCUCAAAUAGAAAAAAUUAUAGGGUUAUGUGGUUAGAUCCAAAAGAAUCCAAAACUCCCAGUUUUAUCGCCUCAUUAGAGAUCUGGAUUAAUAUUUCAUGCACCUUUCGUCUCUUA